AUGAGCGCUGUCCGCUACAUGCUGGACAAAGAACAUGCCCGUUUGCCCAGAAAGCUAGGCGACUCGACUCUGUAUGUCCUCGGAGAGCUCAGCGGCCACAACGUGGUCCUUGCCAGCCUUCCCGGCAGCCAGGGGAAGGGCGCGGCAGUGGCGGUGGCAAAGGAUAUGGCGCGUACGUUUCCGUCGAUCGAGCUUCGGUUAAUGGUCGGUAUCGGAGGAGGCGUGCCGAGCGGAAAGAAUGACAUUCACUUGGGCGACGUUGUGAUGAGUGUGCCCGACGGCGAGCAUGGUGGCGUGGUUCAGUACGAUCUGGGCAGGAACACGGACGACGGCUUCGUCAUGAAAGGAUUCCUUUGGCCGCCACCCGAGAUUUUGAGGAGUGCUGUGGGAAUUAUGCGGUCCGACCACAGGGUUUCGCAAAACAAGAUCCCUGAGUUCCUGUCGGCCAUGUUUCAGAAAAGCGACGACCUUCGCGUCUCGUACCAGCGGCCUGUAGAGCCGGAUGAGCUCUUCCAAUUCAUUAUGGGCUUAUUGCGUCUGGAGACCAAGUCAUGCGGAGCGCCCCGAACGCGGCCGAAAUGGAUAGGAGGGUUGUUGGCGAUGUCCUGUGUUUCGAGAUGGAGGCGGCGGGCAUGGCGACCCAGUACUCGUGCAUCGCCGUCCGGGGCGUCUCGGAUUACGCAGACUCACACAAGAACGACGCCUAGCAGCAUUAUGCUGCGGCUGCGGCUGCGGGGUGCGCUAAGGAGCUCCUUUCGUAUCAUGGAUUCGACUCGUCUAUGGGCAAUGGUCCAGCUGCGCAACACAUCUUCCGCGGCCAGGGCGUUCAAAACUCGGGGUCUGGCAAUGUCUCCAUAGGGAAGAACCUGAACAU